AUUUCUCGCUCGCAACCUAGCAGCCGUGCCGCCCGCCCGAUAGGCACCCGUGCUGCGCGCGCGCGUUCCCUCCCCUAGUAUAAAAUAACGCCGGGGCUCGCCGGGGGUCAUCGCUGCGUAUGGCCGAGGUAGCUAGUAGCGCCCCUGCCCCCGCGGGCGAAACGCCCGCGGCGGAGGCGCCCGCGCCCGACGCCGCAGCGUCACGCGAGGCGGCGCCGAUGGACGUCGACGAUAAUAGUUCCGAGGACCCCAUCCUAGUGAGCCUCGAAAGCGAGGCGAAGCACGUCGCGCAUGCUCCAUUAGUGGACCCCGACGCCGUCGAGAUGAGAUUACUACCAUUACUCGACAGCGAAGGGCGGCUCCAGGACGGCACGGAGGUCGGCGCGCGCGUCCACGCGUUAUGCGAGAAAAUACCCCGAGACGCCGAGACGACGAAAGGAGUGUUGUUAGUGGUAUUAAGGAGGACCUGCGCGUUGGUCGAGAAGGACAACGGCAAGAAGCUCGCCAUGAGGGCCUUCCUCAACGCGGGAGGUCUGAGGCCGCUCGGCACGUGGCUCGAACGAGCAGAUAAAGAGCGCUCGGACGACUUCGUACGCCUUUUGCUGGACGCUCUAAGCGACUUACCGGUAACGGCACGCCUCGUCAAAGCGUCCGACGUCGGCAAGAUCGUCAAGCGCCUGAAGAAAGACCGGAAGGAGAGCGGAGAUCAAAACAUGGACUCGGCGUACAAGGGCCUCAUGCAGAACUGGUACGAGAAAGCAAAUAAGGGCGACGACGAGGAGGAGCGGAAGCUCGUGGCGCUCGAGGCCCAAGCGAGAAAAGCGACGGAGAAGAAGAAGCGGAGCGCGAAGAAACGGUCGUCGCAGCCGACCGAUGUUCUGGCGAGUGCACUCCAUCAAAAGAAACGUGCCAAAGUCCCCGACGAGGCCAUGGAUCGAAGUAGGGCCGCGCGCAUCGAAGCGAGGCGGCAGGGUAGAUUAGGUGGCGGUGUGGAGACCCUACAGCUCGCUCACGAGUCAAACGUCGCCUUCGACGACGACGGCCAGCCCAUCACGUCGCGGCCGAUCGAUCCUGAAUUAGCUGAGAGACUAGCUAAGCGUACUACAAGGGUCAAGUGGGCCGACGACAACGGCAAAGAGAUCGCAAGCUACUGCGAGCCCGUCGAGGGCUGGUUGGAUGAUGGCGGCCACCACGGCCCGUCGGCCGACGACGGCUUGACGGCCAAAGAAAGGCAGAAAAAAGAGCGCGAGAUGGAGGCCAGGGCCCUGGGCAAGGCCAAGGAAUUGGAAAAUGCGGAGAAGAAGGCGGAAGAGGUGGAAUAUCAACGGAAGCUCGACGCGCAGAAACCGCAAAUAGCGUGGCGGGAGCCGCCUCCCCUGAAAUUGGGCGAGGACGUCGCGGAGCCGGAGGUUGUUGCUACUGAGCCUGCUACACAAGCUUCUCGGCAGAAGAGAUUGAUGGAGGCUCGGUACUUCCACGCGAGAGAUAUCCCGGACAACCCCGCGGACGACGGCAUGGAGACGUUUCGUCUUGAUUCUUCUACCGUUGAAAUACCAGCACAGGAGUUGGAAAAACAACCUGAAGAGGUUGUUGCGGAACCAGAGCCGGCGCCGCCGCCCGUACCAGCACCGCCUCCUCAAGACGUGUGGACGGCGCCGACGCCGCAGUUCACGCCGUCCUUCGGCGGGCAGCAGCAGUACUACCCGCCGCCGCCGCCGCGCGCCGCGAACGCGCCGCGCGGGCUACCGGAGGCCAUCACACGGCUGGACGAGGACGCGUUGCGGUUCCUGCUCCAGAACCAGGCGUUGUACGACUCGCUCUUUGUGGAGGGCGAACUGGACGAGAGUCGCUUGCGGGACGUCAUCGCGAACUUCCGGCGGGGACCGCGGCGGUAACAUUUAGGUUAUGAGGCUAGGCGCGGCGAUGGCGCUUCGCGCGCGGACCGCGGC